AUGGAAUAUUUUAGAAAUUUAGAAGAGACUUUGAAAGAUGUUGCUCCAUCAAAUAUACUCAAUUUUGACGAAACAAAUUUAACAGAUGAUCCAGGAUAUUCGAAAUUUGAUCAAAUUGAAAUAUAUUCAUCUAAAAAUAUCAAAAGCGGAUUCAGAGAAACGGGGAUCUACCCAUUCAACCCAAGAGAAGUACUGAAGCGUGUACCAGAGUAUCAAGAAGAUGUAGCAUCAUAUGGGAUUGACAAUGCAUUGCUAGACUACUUAAAGCAGAUCAGGCAGCCAAAUCCUAUGAUAACAAAAAGAAACAAGAAAGUUAUGACUGUACCUGGAAAAUCAGUAAUAGUCGAUGAUUUACUGCUGACUGUUACUGAUUUUUCAGACUAA